UUGCCCUAUACUCCCAGUUUCAAAAUUAUUUUUCAACAACUGUUUCAGCCUCUCCUAAAACCAAAUUAUGGCCAACACCAACUGGUGUAAGUGGUCCGUAAGAGAUUACAGGAACGAGCCUCCGAUGAGGGCGAAGUUGAUUCCGGGAUUUGAUCGGUUGGAUGACAGGUUGAGGGCCGUGCUUCGGGAGCAGGAUGCCCAAAGGGACUUUCUGAAGCGAAAACAGGCGGGCGGUGGCCAAAAGAAGGGAAGGCCUAAGAAGCUCAAGAGGGCCAAGGAUCAGGCACCCAGGGUUUGUGAGUUCCAAAAAGUUUAUACUGACAAGCGAAAGGAACUCAAGCGUUUGGCCAAAAACGAAAGGAUGCAACACCAAUUCCGGAGCAGCCCAAUGCCUGAUUUCCAGCGAUCCCAUCAGCGUUUGGAGAGGCGCAGGGUACAACUGAACUCUCUGCAAAAGGUGACAAAACCCCGGUGUCCUGGCACCCUGGCUACGUCCAUGGAGGCGCUCCACAGACGCGAAAAGGAGCAAAAGCAGCGCAAGAAACUGAACAACUUCAGUCCCAGGAUCAACCCAGCAUCAUCCAUGGACUAUCUGCACCGCCUUCCCUUCGUGCCGCAGAUCGAAUCUUCGUACACCCGUCCGAAACCUUUUCAUCUCCUUACUUCCGAACGAGCUCUAUACCGUCGAUUGUAUGACGAGCGGAAAAGGACUCGGAUGGAUCAGCAGAUGAGACAGAAGUACUUCGACUGGUUCAAGCGGGAAAGAACCGAGUUCCUCAAGCUGCGCCGGAUGACAAAUUUUAAAGCUACACCGAUCUUAUGGCGGCGGAAAGGUUCAGCUCCUUAGUUGGAUCCCAAGGAUACAAAAUAUCCAUACUGGAAGAUAUUCUUAAAAUUUGGGAGACAGUGUACAUAAUAUAUAACUAAUUGGACUAUUCGGUAAA